AUGCUUGCUUCCAGACAGGUUCUGGGCAGUAUUGCUCGGGGCCGCGCCGUUGGUGGCGCGGCCAGCAGCGUUCGCCGUCUGGCUACCGUCUCUGAUUCUGCUCUCGACCGAAAGGUCCGCCAGAACAACUGGGAGGAGAACAACUUCAUCAAUUACAAGAAGAUGUCUGAGAACCUUUCCAUUGUCCGCAGCCGGCUCAACCGACCCUUGACCUUUGCCGAGAAGAUCCUGUACUCUCACUUGGACGACCCUCACAACCAGGAGCUCGAGCGAGGCAAGUCUUACCUGAAGCUGCGCCCUGAUCGUGUGGCUUGCCAGGAUGCCACUGCCCAGAUGGCCAUCCUUCAGUUCAUGUCCGCUGGCAUGGACUCCGUUGCAAACCCUACCACCGUCCACUGCGACCAUCUGAUUGAGGCCCAAGUUGGCGGCGCCAAGGAUCUUGAGCGCGCCAUUGGUAUCAACAAGGAGGUCUACGAUUUCUUGUCUUCUGCUUGUGCCAAGUACAACAUUGGCUUCUGGCGCCCUGGCUCUGGUAUUAUCCACCAGAUUCUCCUUGAAAACUAUGCUUUCCCCGGUGGUCUCCUCAUUGGUACUGACUCGCACACCCCCAAUGGCGGUGGUCUUGGUAUGGCCGCUAUUGGUGUUGGUGGUGCCGACGCUGUCGACGUCAUGGCCAACCUGCCUUGGGAGCUGAAGGCCCCCAAGAUCCUCGGUGUCAAGCUCACUGGUCAGCUGUCCGGCUGGACCGCGCCCAAGGACAUCAUCCUCAAGGUCGCUGAUAUCCUGACUGUCAAGGGUGGCACGGGCUCUAUUGUUGAGUACCACGGUCCUGGUGUUGAAGGUAUCUCUGCCACAGGCAUGGGUACCAUCUGCAACAUGGGUGCCGAGAUUGGUGCCACUACUUCUCUUUUCCCAUUCAACGACCGCAUGUACGACUACCUUGCCGCAACCAAGCGCAAGGAUAUCGGAGAUUUCGCUCGUGCUUACGCUACUGAACUUCGCGAGGACCAGGGUGCCGAGUAUGAUCAGCUUAUCGAGAUCAACCUGUCUGAGCUCGAGCCCCACAUCAACGGUCCCUUCACUCCCGAUCUGGCCACCCCCAUUUCCAAGUUCAGCCAGGCCGUGAAGGACAACAACUGGCCCGAGGAGCUCAAGGUCGGUUUGAUCGGCUCUUGCACCAACUCCUCGUAUGAGGACAUGUCUCGCGCUGCCUCUAUCGCUCGUGACGCCCUCGACCACGGUCUCAAGUCCAAGGCUGUUUUCACUGUUACUCCUGGCUCUGAGCAGAUCCGCGCUACCAUUGAGCGUGAUGGCCAGCUCCAGACCUUUGAGGAGUUUGGCGGCAUUGUCCUUGCCAAUGCUUGCGGCCCUUGCAUCGGUCAGUGGGAUCGCCAGGAUGUGAAGAAGGGUGACGCCAACUCCAUCCUCUCCUCAUACAACCGAAACUUCACUGGACGCAACGACGGCAACCCCGCCACCCACUCUUUCGUCACCUCUCCCGACCUGGUUGUUGCUCUCUCCAUUGCUGGCUCUCUGCACUUCAACCCCCUCACUGACACGCUUGUUGGCAAGGAUGGCAAGGAGUUUAAGCUCAAGCCUCCUACCGGCGACGGUCUCCCUACCAAGGGCUAUGACGCCGGUCGCAACACCUACCAGGCCCCCCCCAAGGAGCGUGCCAGCGUCAACGUCCAGGUCAGCCCCACCUCUGAUCGUCUCCAGAUCCUGGAGCCCUUCACUCCCUGGGAUGGCAAGGACGCCAAAGAUGUCCCUAUCCUGAUCAAGGCCAAGGGCAAGACCACCACUGAUCACAUCUCCAUGGCUGGACCGUGGCUGAAGUACCGUGGCCACCUUGACAACAUUUCCAACAACAUGUUGAUCGGUGCCAUCAACGAGGCCAACGACGAGGCCAACAAGAUCAAGAACUUCACCACCGGCGAUUGGGAUGCUGUCCCCGCUGUUGCCCGUGACUACAAGAAGAAGGGUAUCAAGUGGGUUGUCAUUGGUGAUUGGAACUACGGCGAGGGUAGCUCUCGUGAGCACGCUGCUUUGGAGCCUCGUCACCUGGGAGGCCUGGCCAUCAUCACCCGAAGCUUUGCUCGUAUCCACGAAACCAACUUGAAGAAGCAGGGCAUGCUUCCUCUGACUUUCGCUAACCCCGCCGACUAUGACAAGAUCAAGCCCGAUGACAAGGUUGACAUUCCUUGCACCGAGCUCGCCGUUGGAAAGCCCCUUAUCAUGGUCGUUCACCCUAAGGAGGGCAACCCCUUUGAAGUUGAGCUGCUGCAGACCUUCAACGAGGCCCAGAUUGAGUGGUUCAAGAACGGAAGCGCUUUGAACACCAUGGCUAAGAAGUCUAAGAACUAA